AUGUCCAACCCCGUAGCCCAAUCCACUGAUGCCACCGACGCUCUUAAUCUUAAGGUGUCGGGCAUCGUCCAACUUAAACCGCAAGGGGCAGACUCGAACUACCUUGACUGGAGUUUCGUGGUCUUACUCCAUCUCCAAUCGCUCAAACUCGCUUACGUCCUCGAGUCCGAGGAUGCUGCUCCCACAGUCGCCGCCACCGUUGCCGCCACCGCCGAGACGAAAUCCCGUCCUCCCUCGUGGGCCAUCGACAGCAUUGCUGUCUCAUCCUUCAUCGCUCGUACCAUCCAUCCCAGCAAUCUCCGCUUCAUCAGGGCCCAUGGCACCAACGCCGCGGCGAUGUGGACCUCUCUCUCCCAAGCCCACCAGGACUUCUCUUCCGGUGGUCGAAUGCAUUGGUUGCGACAGCUUGUGGUCGCUCGCCUAUCCGGGGACGAUAUCGAUUCGCACAUCGAAUCGAUGGCUAUUUGCGCAGAACGCCUCGGUUCUUUAGUUACACCCGAGAAACCUUUGACAGUCGACGAUAUACACGCCACUGCCCUCCUGACCUCGCUCACGGACGACUGGCUUCCCCUUGUGGCAGUUUAA